AUGCAGUCCACUACAUCUGCCGCUGCCUGCUCCCUCUGUUCACAUCCAAUUUAUAUACCCACGCCUGAUGUCGAAUUCGACUCACAGUCAAUUUCGUCAGAUAUUGAGGAAAUCGACAGUAUUAGGCUGCCCAGCUGUGGCCACACAUUUCACUGGACGUGCUGGGCAUCGUACGAAAUUCAAAGCCCGACCAAUCGGCCACUUUGUCCAAGCCCUAAUUGUGGCGCGGCUACUCUUACUUAUCCGCUCCAGUCCGGAUCCUCAUCAAAUGCCGGCAAGCUUCUUGUGACUCUAUAUAAUGAGGGUGGCAUCUCUGAGGGCUUUGAUCUUGGCCAAGCUCUUGACGACGAACGCUACUAUGACUCCCAUCCCGAUGCCAAACUCGCACGUGCAUUUAGGAGUAUGGUCUCGGAAGGAGAUCUAGAUGCGGCUCAGGAGAUUAUGAUAUCUGAGGAGUGGAAAGAAAUGGGGCUGAGUGUCGAUUGCUUGGACGAACGAGAAGAAGGUGCAACGGGCGGGCUGACAUCAUUGGUCUUAGCUUUGGGAAGGGGCGAUGAGGAGACUGCAAGAACACUAAUAUCCUGGGGCGCAAAGACAGAAGGACUUAUGGGUUGA